GAUGCCGGCAUGCGGUGUAGCACAUUGGACAGCGGCUGUUCGAGAGCGCGCCGGCGUGCCCGGAUCCGACGAGACAACACAAGAAGCAAUUUCUCCAGCCUGCUCACGCGACAACUGCGCCAGCGAGAAGCAUGACGGAACCGACAGAGAGACGUCGAAAUGUGCGUCGCACACAGGCUGCAAGGUGGUGAAGCUGGAGGCCUCGGCGACACGAAAAGCCACUCGGCUGCAGCGGCCAUAUUGGAUUUGGCCCGUGGCUCUUCGCUCUUUCGCUGCCGCGCCGUCAGCCGACUCUCCGGGUCGCACUUCCGGCGGCUGCAACCAAUUAGCUUUUAACCGGAAGUGCACUGCCACCUGCACCGGCACCCCCCGGCUGCCAGACCGACGUAUCGACCACGCCAGAGGUCGCCACCCUUGCCACAGCGGCGCCCGACACUGUGCUCGAUUCAGCUCUCCGUCUGACUUUCCCUCCAAAUUUUCAUUUUGAAUACUCUAAAAAAUAAAGACAGAGAGAGAGAGA